GAAAAAGAAAAAGGAAAGUGAGGAACGGAACACGUGACUCGUCAGCGCGGCGACUUUCUAGGGUUUCCUCUUUGCCCUCUAGCAAACCCUAAUCCCAUCCCUCCAGGCCUCCACAUUUACUUGUAGCAACAAAACAUUUUUUUUUGCCCACUUUGGUACCAACUCAGCAACUCUGCAACUCUCCAUCUCGAUCUUUGCAAUUGUCCAGGAAGAGUAGUGAAACGGCAGCAACAAUGGCCGCCGGCAAGAAAACCAAGAAGACCCACGAGAGUAUCAACAACAGGCUCCAGCUCGUGAUGAAGAGCGGAAAGUUCACGCUCGGCUAUAAAACCGUGCUUCGCACUCUCAGGAAUUCCAAAGGCAAACUGAUUAUAAUUUCCAAUAACUGUCCGCCUCUAAGGAAAUCCGAGAUUGAGUACUACGCGAUGCUCGCCAAGGUUGGGGUUCACCAUUAUACUGGAAACAACAAUGACUUGGGAACAGCUUGUGGCAAGUAUUUCCGUGUCUCUUGCCUUAGUGUUAUUGAUCCAGGUGAUUCUGAUAUCAUUAAGACACUGCCCGGUUACCAACUUUAGUGCAGGUCUUUGCCGUGGGCUUUCCUUGCACUACUUCCACAGUACUAAGAUAACAGAAUUCUAACUUUGCACUUGAACAGAAUAUGGUCACUAGUUGCUCGGAAGAAGGAAAAAAAAAAAGAGUUGAGAGAAUGGACCAUUAGGAUUUUAUUCGAAGAAUGUCUUACUAUGUUAAGCAAUGAAAAUCACCUGGAAAGCUCUAUAAUGUACAGUUUGGGUUUCCUUCGUGUCCGUCGUCGUGGUUUCUGGAAGGAAGUGAAAUGGACUAUAAUAUCAUUUUUUCUUUCCAUAUUUGUUGCUGUGAAGUAUGCUUUCAUUUUGACACACAUGAUCAAUAUAUUGUAACA